ACCUUUUGCUUUUUGGCUACCCUCUACCCACUCCCUCUUCUUCAUUCGCAACUCCUCUGUUACUCUAUCUUCAUAUUCUAAUCCAGCUUUGCUUUUAGAUCUCUACAUUUUUUAGCUACCUCGUGAAGAACCACUUUAAUCACGCACAUUCUGCUCUCUCUUCACUUCGUUCACUUUCUGCAAUCUUCGCGGUCGAAUGGAUGUGUCGUCGGAGCCUUCUGGCGAAGAUGUGGCGCCGGAAAAGCCUCUGAGUUCCUCGAAGAAGAGCGUUCCAGAAGUUUCCAAGAGAGCUGCGAAAACCGCCGCAGAACCUGGUGGUGCGGCGAAAAGGAAAGUUGAACCGCGAACCGGUUCGAGUGCCGGUGCCGGCACGGUUGCGGCGAGGAGAUCGGGUUUGAUUGGCGGUUCCGCGAGUUCGGUUUCUGCGCUGAGACGGAACAGUACCGGAGGAUUGUCUCAGAAGUCGUCGAUCUCUGUUGCAGGGAGAAAAGCCAGUGCUGAGUCUGUUGGUGGAGGUAAGAGCAGCGUUUCGUCGGCGAGUGAACCUAUCCGAAAGUCUCUGCCGGAGCUCCGGCGUAAUUCUGUAACUUCUUCACGGGCCGGCGCUGCGGCGAAUCCGGUUGCGGCCUCGCCGGUUGGCUCGGCUUCUAGGACUUCUGGUACGAGUAAAGCGGAGGUUGCGAGGAAGCCGGUCAGUAAACUGGCAUUGUCGGGUUCAGGUUCGGCUUCGUCUGUUUCGAGAAGGAUAAGUUCUUCGUCCGUGGAUAGCACUGCCAGCAGUGGAGGUUCUGCUCGAAGGACUGUUUCCAGGGUUUCUUCGCCGACGGUUUCGAGCGGGUUGAAGGCUGGCUCUCUGUCAACAUCGCAGGAUAGAGCUUCUGCACUUUCUGGAAGGAGAAAGGGAGGCACUCCUGAUAGCCGGGAUUCGAAGUUUAUCGCGCUUCCGCAUGUUGAGAUUAAGGCCAAUGAUGACUUGAGACUGGAUCUAAGGGGACACAGAGUUCGCAGUCUCACUGCCAGUGGAUUAAACUUAUCCUCAAACUUAGAGUUUGUUUAUCUCCGAGACAAUCUCUUGUCUACACUGGAAGGAGUAGAAAUAUUGACCAGAGUGAAGGUUCUUGAUUUAAGUUUUAAUGAUUUUAAGGGGCCUGGAUUUGAGCCUCUUGAGAAUUGCAGAGUACUGCAGCAACUCUAUCUUGCUGGAAAUCAAAUUACAUCAUUGGCAAGUCUCCCUCAACUUCCUAAUUUGGAGUUCCUUUCAGUAGCUCAGAAUAAGUUGAAGUCUCUUGCUAUGGCUAGCCAACCUCGACUGCAGGUCUUAGCUGCCAGCAAAAACAAAAUUUCUACUCUUAAGGGUUUCCCGUAUUUACCUGUUCUUGAGCAUUUGCGAGUGGAGGAGAAUCCUAUACUUAAGAUGCUUCAUUUGGAAGCAGCGUCAAUAUUACUAGUUGGACCUACAUUGAAAAAGUACAAUGACAGAGAUCUCUCUCGUGAGGAAGUGGCUCUAGCAAAGCGUUAUCCUGCACAUACGGCUUUAUGCAUUAGAGAUGGUUGGGAUUUCAGUCGCCCUGAGCAAGCUGCAGACUCAACUUUCCGCUUUUUAGUUGAGAAAUGGAAAGACCAUAUUCCUCCUGGUUUUCUCCUCAAAGAAGCCUCCAUAGAUAAACCUGUGGAAGAAGAUGUGUGUCGUUGUCACUUCGCCAUUAUUCCCGAUGGUGCAGCUAGUACAGGCCCCCCAUUAGAUUUAAAAUAUCAAUGGUUUUGUGGUGAUUUAUCUCUUUCAAAUUUUGCCCCUAUUCCGGAUGCUACCAGUGAGGUUUACUGGCCGAAGCAUGAUGACAUUGGAAAAGUUCUGAAGGUGGAAUGCACCCUCACUCUAGAAGAAAUGACAUAUCCUCCUAUAUUUGCCAUCUCACCUCGUAUUUCGCGAGGAAAUGGAAUUCCAAAGGUUGUAGAUCUUGAAGUACAUGGGGAACUGGUAGAAGGAAGUAUCAUCAGGGGUUGUGCUAAGGUUGCUUGGUGUGGUGGAACUCCAGGAAAAGGUGUUGCUAGUUGGUUACGGAGAAAGUGGAAUAGCAGUCCUGUGGUUAUUGUUGGGGCAGAAGAGGAAGAGUAUAAGUUAACCAUUGAUGAUGUUGAUUCAAGUUUAGUUUUCAUGUACACACCAGUAACAGAAGAAGGUGCAAAAGGAGAACCUCAAUACAAAUAUACAGAUUUUGUAAAAGCUGCUCCUCCUUCUGUCAGUAAUGUGAAAAUAGUUGGAGAUGCUGUUGAGGGAAGUACCAUCAAAGGAGUCGGAGAUUACUUUGGUGGAAGGGAGGGUCCGAGCAAGUUUGAAUGGUUGCGGGAGAGCAUGGAUUCUGGAGGCUUGUUGUUAGUGUCAGCAGGAACAUCUGAGUAUACCUUGACCAAAGAGGAUGUUGGUAGUUGUGUGGCGUUUGUGUACAUACCCAUUAAUUUUGAGGGCCAGGAAGGAAAAUCUAUGUCUGUAAUGUCUUCUGUUGUGAAACAAGCACCUCCAAAGGUAACAAAUGUCAAAAUAAUUGGUGAAUUACGAGAGAAUAGCAAGGUCACUGCAACUGGUAUUGUAACGGGAGGAACGGAAGGAUCUAGCAGAGUUCAGUGGUAUAAAACACAUUCGUCAACUUUGGAUGAAAACACUCUUGAAGCAUUAAGUACUUCUAAAAUUGCCAAAGCAUUCCGCAUACCUCUUGGAGCUGUGGGCUAUUACAUUGUGGCAAAAUUUAUUCCCAUGACUCCUGAUGGUGAUUCUGGAGAACCAGUAUUUUUAAUAUCUGAUAAAGCAGUGGAGACUCUUCCCCCAAGCUUGAAUUUCUUAUCUAUCAUUGGGGAUUACAAUGAAGAUGGAAUUUUGACUGCUUCAUAUGGAUAUGUUGGAGGUCAUGAAGGAAAGAGUAUAUAUAGUUGGUAUAUUCAUGAGGUUGAAGGUGAUUCAGGUUCUCGGAUACCAGGGGUUUCGGGACUGCAGUACCGUAUCACCAAAGAAGGGAUUGGAAAAUUCAUCUCAUUCCAGUGUACUCCAGUACGGGAUGAUGGUGUUGUUGGUGACACAAGAAUUUGCAUGGGCCAGGAGCGCAUUCGCCCUGGAAGCCCAAGAUUGCUUUCUUUACACAUAAUUGGAAAUGCUGUUGAAGGAACAAUUCUAAGAAUUGAAAAAAAGUAUUGGGGUGGUGAAGAGGGAGAUUCAGUUUACCGCUGGCUGAGGACCACUCCUGAUGGCACAAAAAAAGAAAUUGCGGGUGCCACUGAUGCAUCCUAUAUGCCCUCAAUUGAUGACAUUGGCUCCUUUAUUUCUGUUUCAUGCGAGCCUGUUCGAAGUGAUUGGGCUCGUGGACCUAUGGUUCUGUCUGAACAAAUUGGGCCAAUAGUACCUGGUCCCCCAACUUGUCAUUCCCUGGAAUUUUUGGGAUCAAUGAUAGAAGGGCAGCACUUAAGCUUUAAUGCUGUGUAUACUGGAGGGGAGCAAGGAGAUUGUACCUAUGAGUGGUUUAGGGUAAAAGACAAUAGUAUUCGAGAUAGAAUAAGUACCAAUGCAGACUUUUUGGAUUUGACUCUUGAGGAUGUUGGUGCGUGCAUUGAAAUAAUCUAUACUCCUGUGCGCAAAGAUGGAAUCAAAGGCAGCCCAAAACACAUUGUGUCUGAUCUGAUUUCUCCUGCGGAUCCUAAGGGAAUAGAACUCUUAAUUCCUGAUUGUUGUGAAGAUAGAGAGCUUAUGCCACUGAGAAAAUAUUUUGGUGGACAUGAGGGGAUUGGAAAGUAUAUUUGGUAUCGUGCAAAGCGUAAACUUGAAGGAUCUGAACUGCUAGAUAUAUCUAAUGCCUCUGAUGUUGAAAUAUCUGGGACAGAGCUAAUGUAUAAACCGCUGCUUAAAGAUGUUGCAGCUUACUUGGCUUUGUAUUGGGUGCCUACUCGAGAAGAUGGAAAAUGUGGAGAGCCAUUGGUUGCAAUUAGCAGUGCCCCAGUUUCCCCUGCUCCUCCAAUAGUUUCUAAUGUACUCGUGAAAGAGUUGUCAACGGGAAUUUAUUCUGGAGAAGGUGAAUAUUUUGGUGGACAUGAAGGAGAAAGUCUCUUUAGCUGGUAUAGAGAAAAUAAUGAGGGAACCAUUGAACUAGUUAAUGGAGCAAAUUCUAAAAUCUAUGAAGUUACUGAUUCGGAUUACAAUUUUCGAUUGUUGUUUGGAUACACACCUAUUCGUUCAGAUUUGGUUGUGGGGGAGCUUGUUUUAUCUGCUCCUACUAAUAUUGUGUUCCCAGAGCUUCCAUGUGUCGAGAUGCUUGCUCUGACUGGCAAGGCAGUUGAAGGUGAUGUUCUUACUGCUGUUGAAGUGAUUCCAAAUAGUGAGACACAGCGACAUGUUUGGAGCAAGUACAAGAAAGAUAUAAGAUAUCAAUGGUUUUGUUCGUCUGAAGUUGGAGACAGUCUUUCGUACGAUCCAUUACCUAAUCAGAAUUCUUGCUCCUAUAAGGUGCGGCUAGAAGAUAUUGGUCAUCAUUUAAAAUGUGAGUGUAUCGUAAAUGAUGUGUUUGGAAGGUCUGGUGAGGCAGUAUGCAUUGAGACAACACCUGUGUUGCCAGGAAUUCCUAGAAUACACAAGCUGGAGAUUGAAGGAAGGGGAUUUCAUACCAAUCUCUAUGCUGUUCAUGGCAUUUACAGUGGUGGAAAGGAAGGGAAAAGUAGAGUUCAGUGGCUUAGAUCAAUGGUUGGAAGUCCUGACCUGAUCUCCAUACCAGGAGAAACUGGCAGAAUGUAUGAAGCGAAUGUUGAUGAUGUUGGUUAUAGGCUGGUGGCCAUCUAUACUCCUGUAAGAGAGGAUGGAGUAGAGGGGCAAUCAAUUUCUGUAUCCACGGAGCCAAUAGCGGUUGAGCCCGAUGUUCUUAAAGAAGUGAAGCACAACCUUGAACUUGGAUCAGUGAAGUUUGAGGUAUUAUGCGACAAAGAGCAAAACUCAAAAAAGAUUUCAUCAGUGGGCACAUACGAGAGACGUAUCCUUGAAAUUAACAGGAAAAGGGUAAAGGUGGUAAAGCCUGCCACGAAGACUUCUUUUCCAACUACGGAACUUCGUGGUAGUUAUGCUCCUCCCUUUCAUGUGGAGCUUUUCAGGAAUGAUCAACACCGUCUUAGGCUUGUAGUGGACAGUGAGAAUGAAGCAGACUUGAUGGUGCACUCCCGACACAUUCGGGAUGUUAUUGUUCUUGUGAUUCGAGGACUUGCUCAGCGAUUCAAUAGUACUUCCCUCAAUUCCCUUCUCAAGAUAGACACAUAAACUCGGUUACAUUGUAUAGUCAUAUUUGUUCCAGGAAAUUAGGCUGUUGGGGGCAGUUUUCUCACAUUUUGUUUGUCCUGGUGCUGCAAUUGUUAUAUUAAUAGAGCAGUUUUUAAUGCCAUAAUCAUUGUAGGCCAUUGAUUCCAAGAUCUAUGCGGAUGGCUCACACAGCAUCGUCAUUUAAAGAUUUUGCGUUUUGAAUUUUAUUUGCAUUUUAGAUUAGGGUGAUUAAUGAAUGGGUAGUGCGUGGGUAGAGUAACUAUUAUAGUGUCUAUGGUUUGGCUUUUGGCUUCCUGUACCUCAUCAUUACUUACUAAAUGCACUCACACUAACAGUGAAAUACGCAUUUAUUGUACAACA